GGCGGACUGUGGAAACUAAUCAACGGUUGCUGUAAUCGGAUGAUGCUACCAAAGUAUAAAGACAACUUCGUUUUCUUACCUGAUUCAUCGCAUCAACCAUACCUUUCUGCGCCUCACGUCUCUCUCUUAUAUUCAUUCUUGAGUUGUAAACAGCACUACCUUAGCGAUGGAUCUCUCACUUCCAAUCAAGGCCCAAGAGCUAUUUUCAUGUGAUGGUAUGGUGAUUGUUAUCACUGGUGGUUCUAGUGGUACAGUUCAAAUUUUUCUUCGCUUUGGUAAUGGUGGAUUGUUAAUAGUUACAGGCAUAGGUCUAGCCAUGGCGUCUGUCGCGGCUAAGACUGGAGCCUCUAAGGUCUACAUUCUUGGCCGCCGCGGCGACCGACUUGUUGCUGCUGCUGCAACGCUCAGUUCAGCAGAGAACAACGCCGUGAUCCCGAUAGUAUGCGACGUCACUUCCCAAGAAUCGAUCAACGCGGCCGUAUCGUUCAUCGAGAAAGACUCAGGACACAUAGAUGUUCUUAUCAAUAACGCGGGGGUGGCCAAUCCAUUCUUCGACCCGUCAGUGGCGGAGAGCAUUGAUGAGCUGUCUCGUGGCUUACUUGCGGCUCACAAAGCUACACAAGAUGUCAUACAGACCAACACUGCCAGUAUUAUUGGCGUAUCCUCAUCAUUCCUGCCCCUUCUCCACAGUGGAAAUUUAAGAAGAGGCUGGCCGGGUAAUAAGCUGACCGACCAUUCUACUAAUACGCGACAAAAUCAGCGGGCCGCCAAUGUCGAUCAAGAUGAUUCCCGCACAAGCCAGAUCAUCACUGUAUCUUCAAUCUCUGGCUUUGAGCGUCACGGAAUGACUGGGCUGGCGUACUCAGCCAGCAAAGCUGGGGCGACCCAUUUAGGCAAAGUGUUUGCUACCAUGCUGGUCCCGUGGAACAUCCGCAGUAAUGUCAUAAUACCAGGGUUGUAUCCGAGCGAGAUGACGGCCUUCAUACCAAUGGACCAGAUUUUGGUCUCUAAUACCCCUGCUGGUAGAGCUGGUUCAUGCUCAGACAUUGCUGGGGUGUUGCUUUAUUUGCUCGGAAAAGCCGGAGCGUUUGUGAAUGGUAGUGUCUUACUUACGGACGGGGGAAGACUCACAAUCGAGGCAUCUUCCUUUUGAAUAAUAUAUAUACCUAUCGUGGGGACGAGUUCCAGGCAGCGUUAAAUACAGCUGACAAAACACUGUUUGAGUCGUGCUAAGAAGCUUCCCCCAUGUCACUAGUCGUGCAGGCUCAUGUCUCCGAUCUUAACAGUAGCUUUAUAUGUUGUCCAGGAUAGUUGUCUCAACACAGUUAUUACCUACACCACAACCCAGGCCGUGAAAUUGCAGACAUGUUUGACCAUCCUGAAAUAUACAGCAACCAGGAGGGACCGUUGGCUUUAUA